AUGACCGACCAACUGACCCAAGUGAUAGCCCAAGCGACCCUGAAAGACGGCAUGCGUAAUUCGACUGACAGUCUGGAUGCAGCCACCCAUUCAGCGAAGAAGCUGGCUCGGAAACUGUUUGAAGGGUUGGACGAGGACAAGGGCGGGGUCUUGACUCGCGACGAGUUUGAACCUUACUUCAAGAACCCCGCUGAUGCCGCCGAGGCGUUCAAAGUCUUUGAUAAAGACGGCAAUGGCGAUAUCGACCGUAAAGAAAUGCGUAACGCUGUCUCGCGCAUCUAUCGUGAAAGGAGGGCUUUGGCCACCAGUCUCAAGGACAUGUCCUCUGCAGUUUCGAAACUGGAUGGGGUCUUACUUGGCCUGGCACUCUUAAUCACUAUCUUCAUCUGGUUGUUCAUCUUCAACCCCAAAGGAACGACCGCUCAGCUGGUCCCAAUGGCUACCAUCAUCCUUGGAUUCUCGUUUGUCUUCGGUAAUGCCGCAAAGAAUCUGUUUGAGAGUAUGCUCUUCAUCUUCAGUAUCCAUCCAUACGAUGUGAGAGACUUGAUCUUCAUCGACGACUCCCCGAUGUUUGUGUUGGAGUUUGGGCUGUUCUCGACGACGUUCCAGCGGUGCGAUGGGCAAGUGAUCGUGGCGCCCAACUCGGUGCUUUUCGGCAAGAAAUACAUCCUCAAUGUCCGCCGGAGUGGUCCGAUGUGGGAAGCGACCAAGGUCAUGGUCAGCUUUGAUACUCCCUUAGACGUUUUGCACGAAUUCCGGACUCGCUUGCGUCAAUUUGUUACUGACCAUCCCCGUGAAUGGAAAGGAGGAUUGGAUGUCAACAUUGACUUUAUGCAAAACCAGAAUUUGAUCCAGUUGAGUCUCAUUCCAUCGUUGGUUGUUGCUAUGGAACACAAGAGUAAUUGGCAGGAUUGGGGGGCCCGAUGGGAUCGACGCACGUUGCUGAUGAAGGAGAUGAAGCGGAUCAUGGAUCAAUUGAACAUGACUUACAAGCUUCCCACUCAACCUGUCUCCUUCAUGUCUGGCCAGAACAAGUCGCCGAAACCCGCGAACAGCCUCCUCGGCGCCCGCUAA